CCACAGGAAGCCGAAGGCGGAUGGCUGCUGCAUCUCCUGCUCUCGAGGCCCCGCUCCUUCUCGCUCCUUUCUGAGGACAGCCGCGCCCUGCUCACGCCACACACUCCGCCCGGAGGCCCCGAAGGCACGAUGGUAACGGCCAGCAACAGGAACAACAACGAAUCCAAGGACGACAAGAAAUCCGAGGCCGAGCCGAGCAACGGCCACAGCGACGAUGCCGAGAAGGAUGGAGAUACAGGCAUGCGUGUUGGAAAGGCAUAUCAAGCAGAGAUUCCAAGUAUGUUGCCAUCACAAGAGCGUCGACCAGAGCAGUGUCCAGAAAGAGCCUUGUUAGUGUGGGCUCCCAAGCUGGAGAUCAACGAAGAAAGUUUGGAACAAUACAUCUGGUUGGCAAAGGAUAAAUACGGGUACAAUGCCGAGCAGGCACUGGGCAUGCUCUUCUGGCAUCGUCAUGACUUGGAGAAAGCGACAGCGGACCUGGCCAACUUCACGCCCUUCCCUGAUGAGUGGACGACCGAAGACAAGGUCCUCUUUGAGCAGGCCUUUCAGUUUCAUGGGAAAAGCUUUCAUCGCAUAAGACAGAUGUUACCAGACAAGACUAUAGCCCAGUUAGUAAAGUACUAUUAUCUGUGGAAGAAAACCAGACAACGAAGUUCUUUGAUUGAUCGACAUGCUCGCAAGCACACUGCAAAGCUCCAGCAGGCUACAGAAGGUGGAUUGGGUGAUAGCAGCGGAGAUAGAUCUGACGAAGAUGAAGAAGGACGCAGCGGAGAGGAAACCAAGAAUUGCUCGAACUGCACCAUCCCUGCGACUAUCCUCAAUGAGUCUCCCAAGGGACCUCAGUGCCAGACGUGUUACAACCACUGGAAGAAAAUGGGAUGUCUACGGCCAACUGUAGGACCCAUGAAGAGAGAUAAACAGCUUAUCAAGCACAAGCGACGACCCCCUCGCGGCAUGCACAUAAACCAUGAGGACCUUAUGGCUAUGGUGGCACCUGCCCCCCCAGGCCCCCUGGGUGCCCCUACCCAAGGCCAGCAGCUCCUGAGACACAUGGAAAAUGAGGUCAUUGCUCUCAAACGCCAGGUACAGAGUAACAAGGCACAGAUCAGCAACUUGCGAGAAAAUUUGGCCAAGGACGGUAUCAAUUCCCUAAGGCCGCCAGGACAAACAGGGCCACUGAAGGCAAAGUGGUCACACGAGGAACUUCUGCUGGCGGUGCAGGCCGUGCGAUAUUUUGGAAAGGACUUCAAAGCCAUUGCCGAAAUUGUAGGCAACAAGACAGAGAAUCAUGUGCGGAGCUUUUUUGUCACUUACCGCAAACGUUAUAACUUGGACAACGUUCUGAGAGAGUGGGAAGAGGAGCAUGGUCCAGUCCGAACCAGUGCGGACGAAUAGUUACAACUUUGCAUUUGAAAGGCAUUGGAGCCGCCCACCUAUUGUCUCUGUGGCAGCUCCAGCAUGAGGCUGCAGAGAGCAGGGUCAUAAAGUCCUCUUUUCAGCUCAUGGGGACAUUGUGCGCAUUUUUGGCCGGGGUGUUUGUAUUUCAAUAUGAUUUUUGUAAGUUACACAGAUUCCUCUCAGUAUUCCUGGAGUUGUCUACGGGUAUUUCAGGGCCUAAGUAGGAUUUUUAUUUCACUGGCGGAUGAAGAGCAUGCCUAAGAAUCCUACUUUUAAUAAGAGGAUGAAUGGAUGAGGCCUAGGAUACCUGAGGAAAAUCAAGAGUCAUUUUACCUUAACAAGAAUCGAGAAAAAGAAAUUAAAAAUGAAUUACAAAAUACAGAGUGACAAGUACCUAAUUCCUAAGGUUCUUCUGAGCAGUCAUAAUAUGGUCUUAUACAGUGUUUGCAAAACUGUUUGUAAACCACAAUUUUUACAAUGAAUUACUGUUCAUGCAUAUUGCCAUGCAGAAUAUUUAUGAGUGUUGAGGUUUAUCUACAUCUGUGUGUAUGUGUAGGUGCAUGUAUACAUUUGUGUACAUACACGUUCAUAUAUACUCAUCACUGGAUUGUUGAUAACAGUAUUGCAUUAUUUAUUUCUAGGGAAUUUCUUUAGGAACACACCAGGUUGAAGUCUAGGUUGAUUAAAUCUACUUAAUCACAUGCAGCUCUAGUAUAUAACUAUUUUACUUCAGUCUGUUAUAAGAUGAUCGUAAAACGGUAUUGCACAUAGUUCCUUGUUGGACACAUGAAAAUGACUAGUGUACAAAUUGUAGAGGUUAAGUAUGCCAAGUGUGAAUUAUCUUUGCCAUUUUUUUCUUGAUGUAUAUAUCAACAAGUAAUUAUGAGGAGAAAGAAAUGAAAAUAUAGUUUUUUUUUUUUUUUAUACAUAUUUAUUUUGAUAUAUUUAUGUAUUUGGCCAUUUUGUUUUUAAGUGUAUAUUUUUUUGUGUAUGCAUGUAUGCGUCAGAAAGUCAAUGAGUAAGGAAAAUUUUGCCAGCUUUCCUAUAUGUUGCCAAGUACUGAAGACAUUCUCUAAAUAGUGCCAGUCUUUUUCUUUUUUUGUCACUUAUUUUACCGAACUUUAAUGCCUACAUUUGUGCCUGGCAGUCAACCUUCGAUUACUGCAACAUUUACUCUGAUAAUAGGACUUACGCUGCAUUUGUCAUCCUAGAAUGACAGAAGGCAGUAUUAUGAUGCUGAUACUUUUCUUCUUUUCUCCUCUAGAAAAUGAUAAUAAAAGAUAUAACUUGCAGAAGGGCAGUGAAUGUUAAGUUUCCUUUAUGGUUGAAAUUGUGUGGUUGUGUCUGAAGUGCCGUCACUGCUUGCUUAAUCAAGAUAAAGAAAAAGAGUUCAUCCAGAUUUACCUUGCCUAGUCAUGGAUUAUUUUUGCGUACAGGUACCAUUAGCAUGGUCGUGAAAGCCAGGGAGUAGCACCGUCAACUGCUUUGCAACAGGAAUGCAUGCUGAUAAGUCCUGGACUCUCAGGAAUAUUUUA